AGGCGCCCGCCUGGCCGCAAACAGCUGCAGCGCCCGCGGGGGAAACUAGAAUGCAGAGUGCCAUGUUCUUGGCCGUCCAGCACGACUGCGUACCCAUGGACAAGAGUGCAGGCGGCGGCCCCAAGAGCGAGGAGAAGCGUGAGAAGAUGAAGCGCACCCUUUUGAAAGAUUGGAAGACCCGUUUGAGCUACUUCUUGCAAAAUUCAUCCACUCCUGGGAAACCCAAAGCCAGCAAGAAAAGCAAACAGCAGACUUUCAUCAAACCUUCUCCUGAGGAAGCGUUACUGUGGUCAGAAACUUUUGAUGAGCUGCUUGCCAGUAAAUAUGGUCUUGCUGCAUUCAGGGCAUUCUUGAAAUCAGAGUUCUGUGAAGAAAAUAUCGAGUUCUGGUUGGCUUGUGAGGACUUCAAAAAAACGAAAUCACCCCAAAAAUUAUCUUCUAAAGCAAAGAAAAUAUAUACUGAUUUCAUAGAAAAGGAAGCUCCCAAAGAGAUAAACAUAGACUUUCAAACCAAGACUCUGAUUGCCCAAAACAUACAAGAAGCUACAAGUGGCUGCUUUACAACUGCCCAGAAAAGGGUUUACAGCUUGAUGGAGAACAACUCCUAUCCCCGUUUCUUGGAGUCUGAAUUCUACCAAGACUUGUGUAAAAAACCACAGAUCCCUACAGAGCCCCAUGCUACAUGAGAUGAAAGAAAGCCCCAGAAUGGAGGACAUUUUCUUUUCAUUUUUCCUAAGAGGAAAGGCUGUGAUCUGCUAAAAAGACUGACCUUGAAUUCAGGCUGGGUGUUCAGAAAGCAUCACUCAGAACUAUUGAUUCAGAGUUGGGUAAUGAAUCAGGAAGCCGGGAGCCUAGGAGAAGCUGUGUCGGAAUGGCUUCGCUUACUGUGUGAAAAACCGAGGAUGGGAACAAUGGUCCAAAAAGGGUGUACCUCACUAAAAGAGCAGGAGUGUGAGAUGAAAGAUACAGUGUAAUAACACUAGUCUAAAUGGUGUUUAGGAUCAAUAGAUCUGGGAUUAUGUGGCCUUACCUAGCUGGCUGUACAUCUUUUCCCUAAACAGUGUGUGUUACCACAUAGUAGUUUUGGUUGUAUUUUAGAUUUUUAGUACUAAAUAUCAUGUUUACUAUGUGCAAGGGUAUUGGAGUUCUGAGGUCUGCAAAUCAUCAGUACUGUUUUCUGUGUAUCGCUGAAACUGAAAAAGGUUUGUUUGAAUUGUUGAUAGUGUGAAAUGGAGUGAAUGUUGUGUAGAAAACUACAGUGUCCGUUAUGAGUGCCAAAUACUGUCUUGAAGGCAGCUAAACUUCGACGUGGUCUUUGAAUACUUCUAAUAAAUUUAUUUUGAUAAAUAAUGUCUUUGA